CCCAAAGGCUGUAUACCUGAGUAAGAUCUUUUAUUAAGGAUAAAGUUGUACGGUACUUGGUUUCUGUAGAGAAACUGGGUGGCGGUUAUAAUUUAUUCUCCUUUAAGUUUACCAUCACACCACCUCUCUCAUCCUUCCUCCCUUCCUCUCAUCUUCCCUUCCUUCCUUCCUUCCUCUCCUGCUCCUCUGCUUGGCCGCCUCUAUGUAUCGGCCCACAGCGGCGCACUGAGACGCGUCUAAUCCUCUUUUGAUGAACUUGGUUAAUAGACCUCCUGCAGUGGUCUUUUGGCUCUGUUCAUUAGGCAGCACACGACCCUAUCCACGCCCCUGGGAGCACGCACUGCGCGUUCUCGCGGCUCCCAUCUCCAUAAAUUCCCCCAUCAAAGUGAAGAAAAGUUGAACGUGUGUUACUUUGUUGGAAGUUCUCAGUGAACUGACCGUGUUUGGUCUUUUGGUACAAUUUUGUACAAGAAAAAAAAAAAGGGAAAGUGAUGGCACCGAGUAAAAGCCUCUUCAUCUCUGUGGAGCCAGAGGGAGGAGUCGGCCCCGAGGUUCCCGCGGCUCUCCACGCCGACAUCCAGGCUCUGCUACAACGGAGCCGCUCGCAGGAGCGCCCGGGGGCCGAGCGCGCCAGACGCGUCUGCGACCACCGGGACACUCCGUGCGCCAUCGUGGAGCUGCGGCUGGGGCCCGGCGGCGGGGGCGCGCUGCACUACCUCCAGCCGGACAAGUGCACUUUGGAGCGCGCGCAGAGACGGAGACGCCUCGCUGCCAACGCCCGGGAGAGGAGGAGGAUGCUGGGGCUCAACGUCGCCUUCGACCGGCUGCGGAGCGUCAUCCCCAACAUGGAAAGCGACAAGAAGCUCUCCAAAUCGGAGACGCUCCAAAUGGCGCAGAUUUACAUCGCCACCCUCAGCGAGCUGCUCCAGGAGGGAGCCUCGGUACCGAGCCGUGCGCCACGGCCCCCGGGGGCCGCUCAGCCCUCUCAGGGGACCACACAUGUGGCGGGGGAGCGAUCGGCUCCAGCCAGGGACUUUCACACCGGGAAGAGCAGCGCAGGCCCGGCGCGCUCAGAGGAGCUAUAACUAGGACGCGUGGGAGAGAACAAACGGGACAAAAUUACAUUUAAAAACUGAAUGAAUAUUUAAUAAAUGACUGUUUCCCACCAAAAGCCUGGUGGCCCACCGGGCCUAAGUCGCCUCGCCCCCCCCCACUAGGCUUAAGCCACUGGGAAUAUUUUUUUAAUGUAUUUUUAAGACGUUUUUUAAACUACAGUUCCAGUGGGGCGGCUUGGUUGGAAAGUCAUAUUUUCAAAUCUCCAGUUAGCUUUUAAGACUUAAUGUAGAGAAUCUGUCUUAUAGGUUGUUUUUUUUAAUUCUGAAUUUGGCGAUUCCGUCCCUGGUUCUGUUAUCACAGAAACUAUUGGGCUCUACAUUACCGCUGCCAUCAGGCUGGGACACGUGCCAGCGGGUUAAACAGGUUUUCUGGGGAAACUCAACUUUUUUCCACUUUCCUACAAUACUGCAUUACUGUAUAUUAUGUUUCCUGCAGUAAGAAAAAACAUUAAGGUCCAAGAUUUAUGCAAUUUGUCAUUAUUUUGAAGAAACAUGUAUUUUAGAUGUGGUCCUGAUGUCUAAAACUGCACGUGAUGUUCAGUGACAACAGAAAUUCAUGCUCUUUGUGCUGUUGGCAAGAAAUAUAUUAUUAUACAACUUCUUUUUUUCAUUAUGAGCUUGGUCAUCAUUUGUAGCAGUUUGUGUCUUAAAAAACCAAAAAAAUCUGCAGACAUGUUUUCCAAUAAUU